AUGGCUGACCAAGGCCUGCCAUCAUCUCGUAUGUCGGCGGACGGCGAGAAGGCUGCGUCUGUGCGCGUGGAGAGCGCUGAACGGUCUGAGUCGGGCGAGUCGGCGCCGGUUCAGAUGCAGGAUGACGUUCCGGAUGGAGGGACAGUGGCAUGGUUGCAGGUCUUGGGCAGUUAUUUUGUCUUUAUGGAUACAUGGGGAAUAGUCAACAGCUAUGGCGCCUUCCAAAGGAUCUACGAAGACACACUCCCCAACUCGCCCAGCACCAUCGCCUGGGCCGGCUCCAUCCAAGGCUUCACCCUCCUCCUAGUCGGCUGCCUUUCAGGCCCUAUCUACGACCGCGGCUACUUCCACGCGCUCGUCGUGCCCGGCGCGUUCUUGACGUUCUUCGGCAUGCUCAUGACCAGCUUCACGACCAAGUACUACCAGAUCCUCCUUGCCCAGGGCAUAUGCAUGGGUAUCGGGAUGGGCCUGAUAUAUAUCCCUUGUGUUGCCGUUUUGGCGAGCUACUUUCGAAGGAGGCGAGCUUUUGCUCUCGGGAUUGCUGCCGCAGGAAGCGGUUCAGGCAGUGUGAUAUUCCCCACCAUACUAUACCAACUACAACCCGCCGUCGGUUUUGCAUGGGCAACACGCGCUAUCGCGCUCAUCAUCCUCGUCACCUUACUCCUCAUGCUGGCAAUCGUCAGACGAAGGGCCAUACCAACACCUACAGAGCGCAGAAAGCUCUUCGACAAGACGGCAAUACGAGACGUGCCAUACGUUCUCUUCACAGUGGCGCUCUUCCUCGGCUUCAUGGGUUCUUAUGUGCCGUUCUUCUAUAUCAGCCCGUACACCUCCGCCCGGUCUUCCGCGUCCACGACUCUUGCCAAGUACAUGGUGCCCAUCCUCAACGCCGCCUCUAUCCCAGGUCGCAUCUUUCCCAACAUCGCCGCCGACUACAUCGGCUGCCUCAACACGAUGGCUCCCUGCGUACUCGCAUGCGCCAUCCUAAUCCUCACCUGGACUGCAAUACAGGGCGUCGGCGGCCUCAUCGCAUUCACCCUCCUAUACGGAUUCUUCACGGGUACGUUCGUCAGCAUCACGAACGCGGCUCUUGUCAGCCUCACCGACGACCCACGGAUCGUUGGCACACGCUUGGGGAUGAGCUUCACGUGUGCCGGAUUCGGUAUACUUAUUGGAAACCCUGUCGCGGGCGCUCUCAUCAACUUGGAGACUGGAUCGUUUGUGAAGAUGCAGAUCUUCGGCGGGGUCCUUGUUAUGGCGUCCGCUAUACUCUUCACUGCGGCAAGAGUCGCGAAAGUCGGUGUUGCAUUCAAAGCGAAGAUAUAG